CCGUAGCUGUCAGAUUGUCUCACGACACUACACCAUGUCUAUUACGGUCUACUUCAGCAGUGCCGGUGGCUCCAGGGAGGUAAAGCAACAGCAGGACGCAAUCUUCCGGUUCCUCGAUUCAAAGCACAUCAAGUACUUUGCCAAGGACAUCACUCAGAGCCCUGAUUUGAAGGAUGAGAUGAGGCAGAAGGCGGGGAAUCCCAAAGCCCUGCCUCCUCAAGUCUUUAAUGGAAAUAAAUACUGCGGGGACUACCAGGCGUUCUUUGAUGCAGUGGAGGAUGGCAAGCCAGAGACUUUCUUCAAACUAUGAGUCGAAAACAGAACUGUAUUUGACUCGUAAGUGCAAUCGACAGCUCUAAAAUCCUGCCACAUGAACAAAUUCUUUUUUAGUAUUUGGGUUCAGUAGCUGAUAGGUGUGGGAAUUUGGGAGCAGAAAUGAAAUGGGUUAAGUGAAGGUGAAAGUAUUAGGAUUGGAAUAAAAUGUACAGGUUGGUCAACAGUUGAUGCAUUCAGAUUGGAUUCAUUUCUUUAAUGAACUAUAUUUUAAAUAUUUAUUUCAAUUGUACUAUUACACUUAAAAUGGGAAAAUUUGUAAAAUUACGUUUUAACUGGGUAGAUUGUAUGACGUCUUUAAUGUCUGACUUGAUACAGAGUCAGCAUAAGUAUUUCAUUCAGUUUAUUAGGUGUUCUUUGCUACAAUGAUAAUACUUAGUCAAUGUGGCCCUUUCUUUUCUCCUAUGUUUUGAGGACUCACGUUUCUUUGUUCUGAACGUAUAUGAUGUGAUGAUGUAAGAGUGAAGGAAAUAAACAUGCUUGAUGUAA